AUGUCUUCAAAAAUUGAAAAAGCUUUUUCAGGUCCAGCUUUAAGAUUAUCAAACUACUUAGAUAAACUUCCCAAAAUUCAUAAUGUUUAUUUCAUUGCUAGUAUAUCUACCAUUGCUGGUUUGAUGUUUGGUUUUGACAUAUCAUCAAUGUCAGCUUUCAUUGGUUCAGACCCGUAUAUUCAAUAUUUUAAUAAUCCUGGUGCUGAUAUGCAAGGUUUCAUUACAUCUUCAAUGAGUUUAGGCUCAUUUUUUGGAGCUUUAUCAUCAUCUUUUGUUUCUGAACCAUUUGGCAGAAGAUUAUCGUUAAUUAUCUGUUCAUGGUUAUGGAUGAUUGGGGCUGCCGUGCAAUCUUCAGCUCAAAAUAGAGCACAAUUGAUUAUUGGUAGAAUUAUUUCUGGUUUUGGAGUUGGAUUUGGUUCAUCAGUUGCUCCUAUAUAUGGUGCAGAAAUUUCACCAAGAAAAAGAAGAGGUACAAUUAACGGAUUUUUUCAAUUUAGUGUUACUUUAGGGAUAAUGAUUAUGUUUUAUAUUGGGUUUGGUGUUGGACAAAUAAAUGGUGUUGCUUCAUUCAGAAUAGGUUGGGCUAUUCAAAUUGUUCCUGGAUUGUUAUUAUUUAUUGGUUGUUUUUUCAUACCUGAAUCACCAAGAUGGUUAGCUAAACAAGGAAGAUGGGAACAAGCCGAACAAAUAGUUGCAAAUAUUCAAUCCAGUGGAAAUCAUGAAGAUGAUGAUGUUAAAGUGGAGAUUGCUGAAAUUAAAGAACAAUUGUUGAUAGACGAAGCUGCAAAAUCGGUCGGUUAUGCUACUUUAUUUAGAAAGAAAUAUAUUGUUAGAACUUUUACAGCCAUGUCUUCACAAGUUUGGCAACAAAUGACAGGUAUGAAUGUUAUGAUGUAUUAUAUUGUUUAUAUUUUUCAAAUGGCUGGUUACUCAGGUAAUGCUAACUUAGUUGCUUCUUCAAUUCAGUAUGUUUUAAAUGUUGUAUGCACUAUUCCAGCAUUGUUGUUGUUUGACAAAGUUGGUAGAAGACCAUUGUUGAUAGGUGGUGCAUUAAUGAUGAUGUGUUGGCAAUUUGGUUUAGCAGGUACUUUAGGUGCUCGUUCAGUUCCUUGGCCAGAUUCAGGGAAUGAAUCUGUAAAUAUAAGAAUCCCAGAGAAUGAUAAGACUGCAUCAAAUGGUGCUAUUGCUUGUUGUUAUUUAUUCGUCUGCUCAUUUGCUUCAACUUGGGGUGUAGGUAUUUGGGUUUAUUGUUCAGAAGUUUGGGGAGAUAAUAGAAUCUCUCAAAGAGGUAAUGCAUUAUCUACAUCAGCAAAUUGGAUUUUGAAUUUUGCAAUUGCAAUGUACACACCAGCUGGUUUCAAAAAUAUUAGUUGGAGAACAUACAUCAUAUAUGGAGUAAUGUGCUUAUGUAUGGCUAUUCAUGUUUACUUUGGUUUCCCAGAAACUAGAGGUAAAAGAUUAGAAGAAAUUGGACAAAUGUGGGAUGAAAAAGUACCAGCUUGGAGAUCAGCUUCAUGGCAACCAAGUAUACCUAUUGUUGAUGAAACUGAAUUAGCUAGAAAAUUGAGUAUUGAACACAAGGAAGAAGGUUUAAUGGGAGAAGAUACAAAUUCUGAUAGAGGAGUUAAAGAUAUUGAAUCAAAUUCUGUAUAA